AUGUCCAACGACGACCGACCACGCAUCACUAGAGAGCUUGUCUACCGAAACGUCUCCAGGUCACCCAACAAGGCCAUGGACCAUUUGGUGGAGGAUGGCAAGUACUUGACACACAAGUCCAAACGAAUAGCUGAGGCGAUCGAGAAGCUACGCAAAGAGAUAAAGGCAGGCGAUCUCGAACGUGACAAAUUGAAAGCUUCCUUCAAGCUGGAACGACAAGAUCUCAGUCUACAACUGGAAGCGCUUAUUAAACAGAAUACGGAAGCCAAGGAACGUGCAGUAUACCAUAUGAAUCAAUACAAUGAUGCAGCAUCAAAGCUACAACUUAUCAAGGAGGAGCACGCGUCUAUAGCAGACAAGUUGCGACGCACCAUUCAAGAUUUACGGGAUGAAAAUGGCCAAUUGAAUGACCAGCUCAUCAACACCCAACGACAAUAUGAAGCGACUCGAGAUCGAUUGACACAAGUGGAGGAUCAAAUGCAAUAUGAAAUGCAGAGGCUGCAAACUGAACUUGAUUGCUUGAAGCAGAUCAAUGAGCAUCAUGAACAAUCAAACAAGGAAUACAAACAACACCUUGAAGCGCUCUUUGCUGAAGAUCAACCAAUGGAUGACAAAGAAUUCGAUGCACAAUUUAUGGCUGAGUUGGAUGAUCAAUGCAAACAACAAGCCAAGGUCAUUGAGCAGCUUGAAAAGAAGAACAUCGACAUGUCAAAUGCACUUGAUCAAUACAAACAAAGAUACCCUGAUUUGGCAAAGCUCGACGAGGAACAACAUCGAAUCGACCGUGAAUUGAAAGAGGCUGAGCGGAUACGACAACAAAAUGUGGAGCUCAAAGUAGAGAAUGAUCAACUGAAAGCACAGGCUGCAGCAUGGACAAAAUACUUAGAAUCUGAGAGCAUCGAUAAAUACAGCAGCCCCCAGGAAAUUGUGUUCAAGCUAUCCACUGGCAGAGCUGCUAUGCGGGAAGCCGAGAUACGGGCUGAGAAACUCGAGCGGGAACUCGAGGAAAGGAAUGCACGGGAAGAGGAGCAAACAAAGAUGUUGGAGGAUCUCAAAAUCAAGCUUGCCGAAUCCGAACAAGCAAGGAAACGAGAUAUGCUGGAGAAUGAGUCAUUAUCCAAGGAUAAGAAAAUGUUGGAGAUACAUCGUGAUCUUUUGGAGCAUCAGCUGACGGUUAUAUCCAAAGUUGAGGAAGCCAAUGCAUCUACCUCUGAUAGUAACGAUUUCCCAUUGACUCAGCGAUUGGCCGAGCUUGAAACACUACUCAAAGAACACCAACAAGAAUUAUCAUCGACUCGAGCGCAGCUUGCCGAAGCCAAAGCAUCCAUCUUUAACGGUCGCAUUUUGGAACUCAAGUCUAAUCCAGCUUCUAUGGAGCAACAUGUACGCCAAGAGCAGCUUGAAAAUCUACGACUUGAGAAUCGUCAACUCUUGAAGGAGCUCUUUGAGAAAGACAAUGGCCAACAACAACAACAGCCAUUAAGCGGUGACAACGAGGAGGCAGCCGAGCAACGUAUUACGGUCCCAAAGAGCACCAUUGAGAAUUUGCAGACUGAGGCAAAGGCAUUAUCAGCAAAGAUAGCAAGCAAAGAAAAGCGUAUUCUUCGUUUACAACAGGUGUUUGCGACCAAGUUUGAAGAGAUUGAUCAUGUGAUUCAAAGUUUGCUUGGAUACAGCAUGGAUUUCCGAUCAGAUGGCACGGUUCGAGUGUGUUCAACGUCUGUGCAUGAAUCAGAGCUCGUAUUUCUAUUCAAGUCCGGAGCAAAUGACGAGGUUAACUUUCGGAUUGUUGGCAGCAUGAAAGAUGAGUACAUGCAACGACUACAGGGGACGUACGACACUUUUGUACAUGAGCAACACAACAUACCAGCAUUCUUGAGCUCUGUGACAUUAGAAUUGAUGAACAGUGUCGGAGAAGACCAAGGAUAUGGGUACGAAUCACAAGAAGAGAGCAAUGAAGACGACUACUAUUACGAAGAGAAUCAUGACAUGGAGGCGCCGGGCAAUACUGAAGACGAUGCGAUUAUGAUAGAUGAUUGA